AUGGGCGCAGCGGGUGCAUGCGGGGCGUCCUCCCGCCUCUCCCGGCACCCGUUAUUCCCUUUCCUGAAGAGGCAGGAGGUGACUCGGGUGGUUGGGAGGAGGCUGCGGAGCCGCUACCGAGGAGCCCAUCAGGCUCAGCGCUGGCGCAAUGAGAACUACGAGAGGCCCGUGGACCUGGAGGGCUCCGGGGAUGAUGACCCCUUUGGGGACGAUGAACUGGACGAUGUCUACUCGGGCUCCGGCUCGGGGUAUUUUGAGCAGGAGUCGGGCCUGGAGACAGCAGUGACCCUCACCACGGACACGUCUGUCACACUCCCCACCACGGCGGCCAUGCUGCCCAUCACCUCAGUGCAGCCUGUGGCAACCCCCUUCAAACCAUUCCCCACUGAGGACACCACCCCCGAGCAGACAACCAGCGUCUUGUAUAUCCCCAGGAUGACAGAGACACCAGUGAUCCCCAGUUGGAAAGCAACCACCACCAGUACCACUGCCAGCGACUCACCUACCACCACGACCACAACCACGACCACCACAGCAGCUACCACCACCACAACUACCACCGCAGCUACAACCACCACCAGCACCACCAUGGCCACUGCCAAGCCCACCACCAUCCGGAGGUUCCUGCCCCCUCUUGUCACUAAGGCAGCCACCACCCGGGCCACCACAUUGGAGACACCCACCACCUCCGUCCUUGAAACCAGCACACCAACAGAAGUGACCACGUCACGGCUUGUCCCCACCAGCACGGCCAAACCCAGGUCCCUGCCAAAACCAAGCACCACCAGGACUGCAGACCUCACAGAACAAAGCACUGCCUUGCCAUCCAGUCCUGCCACGCUGCCACCCACAGAAGCCCCCCAGAUGGAGCCAGGGGAGGUAACGACAGUCCUCGACAACGAGCUGGAGGUCCCAGUCAGCAGCGGCCCCAGCGGGGACUUUGAGAUCCGGGAGGAGGAAGAGACCACUCGUCCCGAGCUCGGUAACGAGGUGAUGGCUGUGGUGACACCACCGUCGGGACCUGGGCUGGGCAAGAACGCAGAGCCGGGGCUCAUCGACAACACGAUAGACUCCGGCAACUCGGCCGCUCAGCUCCCCCAGAAAAACAUCCUGGAGAGGAAAGAAGUGUUGAUAGCGGUGAUCGUGGGCGGCGUGGUGGGAGCCCUUUUCGCUGCCUUCCUGGUCAUGCUGCUCAUCUACCGGAUGAAGAAGAAGGACGAGGGCAGCUACACGCUGGAGGAGCCCAAGCAAGCCAACGUGACAUACCAGAAGCCCGACAAGCAGGAGGAGUUUUACGCGUAGAAGGAGAGCCCAGCGUGCCUCGCACUCCCUCCCUCCCCGCUCCAAACUCUCCCUCCUUCUUCUACUUCAUCCAGUCUCUCUUUCUCUCUCUCUGUCUCUCUCUUUUUCUUCUUCUUUUUUUUUCUUUUUUCUUUUUUUUUUUUUUUUCGGAUCAGACUGUGAAUUUAAAAAGCAAAACCCGCAACAGCAAAAGGAGAAAACACGUCUUUGGCAGGAUGAAAGAAAAUUCAAGUGCCCAGAGCAUCGCCGAGUUCAGACCGAGCACCGCUGGCCGUUCUGCAGCGGGAGGGAUGGGGCAAGGAGCCAACGCCAAGGGAGCCAAUGCCCGAGGAGCGCCCUGGAGAGCGCAGGAUGGGGCAGUUGGGUUGUCCACGGUGGCUGGAGGUCACUGGGCUUUUCCCACCAACACAAUGGAUUCUGGGACCUGGACACCUUCUACCAGCCCUGGGGCGCAGGGGGAUUGGUUUGGAUUUAUCUUCCUUUUUUUUUUUUUCCACUUUGGAAAGGAGGGAGGUUUGUUUCUCUCUCUCUUGCUUUUUUGGGGGUUUAUUUUCAUUUUUUGUUUGGUUUUUUUUUUUUUUUUCUUUUUCAAAUGGGGUUGGUUGCUUUGCAGGAUUUACCUUGUUCCCUGCUUCUGUUUGAAGAGAGGACGCGACUCUCAAAUAUGCUUUGAACCUUGAAAAAAGCACAAGGGGCUGGAAUACCUGAUGCCCCGGGGUUUGCUCUUGGAGUGGGGAAAAAUAAAUAAAUACAAACUUGGCCAGUAUGCUGGAAAUGAUCUCUUUAGAUCACCACUUCGGAGAGCUCGUGGAGCAGCAAGAAGUCACGUUGGGGUGCCUCAUGCUGCUCCCCUCCUGCCACCACCUCGCUUCACCGCAUCGCUGUGCGCAGCCAGAGACCUUAAAUCGAUAGAAACGGCGCGUUGGUGGCCGCCAAGGGGUUUGGUUGAGAAGGGACCUUGCUUUCGCUGGGUUUUCACUGUGACCAAUAAAACUCAGCUUGCGCAGUACGACCCACGGCACUGGUUUUAAAACGGAGCGGGAUGUUGCGUGGUGGGGAGUUGGUCGGGGAGAGGAGUUGGAAACGGAGAAGCUGAAUCCUCUCCCUGGUUCCUCCAGCUGGGAUAACACCUCACAGAGCUCCACGAGGCACGAGACGCAGCAUAAGGAAAGAAUUGCAAAGCAGAGGCACUACUCUGUCCCCUUAGGGGUCGGACAGGGGUUCCCCCCGGCCCCUGGCACCCAGAAGGUGAGGAAGGUGAGGCAGAUUGGUUCCACCAGUCAGCCCCAGGGCAGGUUGGCUGCUACAUCUCUUUUGCAAGACCCAGAUUGAUGGUUUUGUGUUUCUUUUGUUCUUGCUUAAAUUCCAGUAUAACCCAUGGGGCACCCAGGAGCCUGAGAGCAAAAGAUCCUGGAAGCCCUCGUCGCCCAAGAGCAGUGGUUUCCCCUCCAAGGCUACCUAAGGUUCAGAGCAGCAGGGCCUCAUCCAGAGCCCAACUGUGCCUUCUAGAAAGGCUAGAUUUUUUUUGGAGCAAGCUCUCUGCACAGAAAAGUCAAUUAGAUAUUUCAAUGAGUUGGCUUUUAAUUAGCUGAAGCGCUGUUUGCGACACAGUCAAGGAGCUUUGUUUUCGUGACGGUUGCGAUCUCGAUGGUGUCCCAUGGAGACCUUGGCUUUGCUCUUAGAGCAAUUUAAACAGGGAAAUGGAAAAAAAAAAAAUUGGUUGCUUUGACUCUGUUGCAUCCUGAAUCAACCUGCACAGACACGGUGACACUUUGUCCCCCCAGGGUGCUAGUGGAUGUAGGGAUUUAUGACCCUGGUGGAGGCUACAAGACAGCAGCGCUUCUUUAUGUUAGGAAUUUGAGAGGCCAAACGCAUAUUUUAUAGAUAUAUAUAUAUAUACACUCACGUACAUACACAGUUAUAUAUAUAUAUGAAAUGAAAUCCCUGUAAAUUUUCAUUGCACUGCAUAUGGUGGUCGGAUGGGACUUUGUGGCUGGGAAGAUGUGAGGUUUGGGGUUCGGUCCCCUGGGGCGCGCAGUGCAGGGACUGCGACCCCAACCACCCACCUGCUUUCACUUCGGGGUGGGGAGCAGAGCCCCAGCACACAGGCCAGCUCUAAAAAUCCCCAUUUUAGAGUAUGCCAGCCUCAAAAUUGCCAUCAUUUUGAUUCUUUCAGUUUAGAGAAGAUGGUCCUUUUGGAUGUCUUGGUUGGUGAUGCUGAAAGACAGAUGAUGUAGCGUGUGUGUGUGUGUGUACCCAUUUCUUGGGUCCAUCACGGCUGUGGAGGAUGAGGGUGCUGUGAAGGGGGGACCACACAUCUGAAGAAAGGCUGGUGCCAACCUGGGCUUUCUUUCCAGGGUCUGCUUUCUCUGACCUGCUCCAAAGGGAGGGCUUCAACUUAUGGGUUUGGGGUUUUUUUUGGUCCCAUUGGGACUACCCAAAGGGCCCCAGCUGCUGGGGAGUGGUGGAAAUCAAGUCUCUUCAUGGUUCGAUGACUUGGGCACAGCAAGUAUCAAGGCCACCCAAAAUCACCAUCUUUUGGAAAAACAUGGACUUAAUCUUUUGAGCUUGCAUUAAAAAAAAACAACCUCCCAGCUUAAUCUUUUAAAUGCUGCUUUUCUUAGCUGCUUCCCUAAUCUUCUCCAUUCCAUUUUUUUUCCCAUUUAAUAGUCUGAAGUUCUAUAAUACAAUUUUUUUAUUCACUCAAGCUUAACCUCGGUUCACUCAGCUGGUGUUAAGUUGUAAUCCUGGCACUUAAAUCUGUUACAGUUUCAGAAGUGAGGAAGGCUGGAGGUGGGGGGGCGAGAGGAGGUUGGGCAGCGCUUUCUCUUGCCUUAAUUAAAAGUAUGAGACGACCACAGGCAAAAAAAAAAGAAAAGGUGAAGGCAAUUAAACUGGUAAUCAGGAUUGACCAAAGUCUUAACUCAUUGUAUGUCGGCUGCUUCCACACGUUUGCCAUGUUGCUCUCCGCCUGGAGAGGGGAUGUGAGCUCAAGGACACUGUCUUUUGGGCUUGGAGCCCAACUUUUUUUCCUGGUGAUAAAUCAUGGCAGAGCCUUUCCUGUCGCCUCAGCUCCCCAGGACCACCCGGUUAGUUGUUGGAGUUGGUGUUUGGAUGGAAAAAAAAAACAAACCUUGUCUUGCUGGAGAACGGCUGAUCUUGUGCCUCCCUUGGAGGGUAAGGGGGUGGUGGGAUGGAGCUGAGCUUGGACUGGUAUUUUUUGGAAAAGCUCAGCUCUAAAAAAACUUGUGGAUAUCAUCACCUCUUUAUUGCCAGAGCAGCAGGGAUGGGUAAAACCCCAGUGAAACCCAGAGGAGUGAUGGUGCCAGGGUCUGUGAGGGGGUUGUGGUGGUGGUGGGCUGCAGCGUGGCCAUCCCUGAGGCUGGGCAUGGCACCACAUGAACGUGGUGUGUUGCAGCUCCCAGCCCCGCGCCGGGUGAUAGUGCUGAGGCCAUGUCUGUGCUGAGGGUGGCCAGGGGCAGAUGGUGGCCAGCGAGGCACAGCUGGUCCCUCCAGCAAACGCUUCUGCAUGGGUACGCGUGUCUCACCACACUCCAGGGCUUUGGAGAGAUUCCUGGUGUGAAGAUGGAUGGGGAAGAGGUGAGAAAGCACAGGGGGAGGAACAAAAGCAUCUUUUCUCAGCUGUUGAUUUGGCUGCAGAGCAGAUUUGGAGGGGAAUUAACUCCAGUGGUAGCCUGAGCAUCUCCCCCAUCAUCCCUUCCCAAAGCCUGCCAGAUUUGGCACGAAUUCAGCCCCUUCCCCAGGCCGUGCGCAUCCCCCGUAGUGAUACCAUCCAUGAACGGCUGCUGCCUCCCAGCUGGGGCAGUGCCCAGAUGUGCUCAUCCUUCCAGCUGUGCACCCCGAGGAUGUGGGUGGCCCAUGGGGGGCUUUUCCACUUGCUUUUCCAUUUCUUAUCCCAUUCCUUUUCUGCAUGUUUGUGUGUGUGUGUGUGUGUGUGUGUGUGUGUGUGAUAGGCUGCAGGAAGACUCUUUGCUGUGCCAGUUCCAUCAUUUCAGUAGAGCUGCAAUUGCAAAGUGAGAAAGCCGGUGCCGGCUCCUCUCCAGGCUGUGCUGGUUUUCAUCCUCUCUCUCUGCUGGGAUUUGCAGCAGCCCAUGUCUCACAGGAGAAUGAUGAAGGAGCUGGUGACAUUCCUGAUGAAGGAGGAAGGGGUCAAAGGGAAGGGAGGACGAGAAAAUACGUGAGAGCCCAAAUGAAGGGCUGGAAGUGGGAGGAUGGGAAGGGCAGGAGAUGGAACUGGACCCAGUCCCCGGGCAGGGUUCGCAGGGCUGGGAGUUGGUCCUUUCCUCCCAAAAUCUCUUUGCUUUUGGACCUUUCAAAAAUCAGCAGCAGGACCCUGUGCCGGGGGUGGGGGAUCCUGCUGCAGGGAAGGUGAUGGUGCUGGGCUGGAUGCGUGCUGUGGAGUGCUGGUUUGCCUCUAAAUUUCCCAUUCCUUCCCCAUUUUGCCUGGUGGGUGUUCCAGAUCCCUGUGCAGGAGCUGCUUUGUUCCAUGCGAGCCUUGGCUCCUGCUCCCCAGACUCAUAAUUCAGAGCUCUCCGACCCCUGCCAUGAGUCACCAGCACCGAGGCUUUAACAGGAACAAAACCAUUAGCUAAAAACAAAAAUGGAUUUUUUUAAUUUUUUUUUUUUUUCCACCCCGCUUCAAUCAUCCGUUUUAUGAUGAUAAGCGUUUCUGGGCUCGGAGGUUUUCUUCUGCGAGGCUCUGGCAGCUCCUAAAGUGACAUUGAGUUUUGAGCACGGAAAGGUUGAUUGUGGAAUAACUUGGCGUCCGGCCGGGCUGGGGGCUGCGGCGACAGGGAUGGGAGCGGUGUGCGUGUAUGUAUGUAUAUAUAUGUGUAUGUAAUUAAUAUAUAUGUAUAUAUGUAUAUACGCGUGUGUGCAAAGCACGCGCGCGUGCACAGGUUCAAUGCAAACUCUGCACCUAAAGGGGACGAGGAGGGUUUUUCCACCGGCGCCGUGUGCCCAUCCUUGGCCGUGGGCUGCGGGAUUUGGCCCCGGUGCUGCCGGCUCCUUCCUGCCCUCCCGCCCCCAGCCCGGUCGUAGCGAGGUCCCCAUCCUGCCCCCUCGACACCACGGGGGGUGGUCGGGAUGAGGAGCCUUUUGCCGACCGCCUCACCCCCAGCCAGAGCCAAAGUGGCUUCGUGCUGGCUCUGGUUUGUCCCACGUACCUCGUGCCUGCAGCUCCGCCGACGUUUCCACUCCCAGUCUAUAGAGAAGUCUCAGUCUGGAGCGUACAAACUUCUUUGGGAUUUAAUUUUUUUUUUUCCUUUGAUUUAUUUUGACUAUUAUUUUUAUUUUGGGGAAAACGUCACCCUAGGAGACACCCGUGCGAUGCCCAGAUUUAUUUCCCACCCCCCCUCCACGUUCCAGACAGCUCAUCCACCGCAUCUCCAAAGACCUCAAGGGCACCAGUGACUUUACCUGCAUCAGCAACCCCUCUCCUGGGUCCCCUUGGUCUAAGUCACAGAAGUACAGCUGACAAUCAAACCAGACAGAACUGCUGACUUUAGAAAAAUAUAUAUCCAUUGCAGUUUGAUAGAACUACUUUUUAAAAUCACAUGCUUAUCUCUCGCUAACGCUCACCGCCAUGGCUCCGGGAUAAACCGCCACCCAUUGGUUCUUCUGUAAAUAAACAUGAAACAUUCUUGUAUAAAUUAAAAAAAAAAAAUUAAAAAAAUACAAAAAAAAACCUAAGCAAACAAAAAAAUCCAUUGAUAUACGUCCAAAAAAAUAUCCCUUUCCAGAAGAUUUAAAUAAUUCAAAGAAAAAGAAAAGCCCAACAAGUGAGCCCCACUUCACUUUUUCUUUGGAGCUGGUUUAAAUUCCCAACAGGACAACAAAAAAUCUUUAACAAUGGAAGAAACUACAAGUGUUUUACCUUUCAAUGAAUAUGGGAGGGAAAAAAAAAUGCAUGUAAAUAUUUUUAAUAGGAAACAUAUCUUAAACAGAACUUUUUUUUGUAUGUACAUAACUCUUCUAGAGUUUAGUACUUAAAUUGCUUCAUAGUGUCUGUUAAAAAACAAAAAUAAAAUAAAAUAAAAUGUUUGUUAAUUGUUUUUGUUCUUACUCAAUGGCCAAAACUUUAAAAAUAAUAAAAAAGACUAUAAAAAUAAUCUUUGCCAAUGGAUCUAGCACUGUAAUGGUACUGUCUAUUUUUUUUAAUUAUUUCUGUGCUGUGCCCAUUUAUAAAAGGAGAAAAAAAAAAAUAAAAAUAAAGUCAUUUAAACAUUG